CAGAAGAAGUCCAUUUUCAAAGGUUUUCAGCGGCUUCCGAUUUUUCGUUAGGGUUUUCUACUAGAAGAUGAGUUCAAGCGGAGGCAAAGGAACCGCCGGCUCCGGCAGAGGCAAGCCGAAGGCUUCGAAGUCUGUGUCCCGAUCAUCGAAGGCCGGCCUCCAGUUCCCCGUCGGUAGGGUUGCCCGAUUCCUCAAAUCUGGAAAGUAUGCCGAGCGAGUCGGCGCCGGCGCUCCGGUUUAUCUCUGCGCCGUUCUGGAGUAUCUCGCCGCCGAGGUUUUGGAAUUGGCUGGGAAUGCGGCAAGGGACAACAAGAAGACUCGGAUUGUCCCGAGGCACAUUCAGUUGGCAGUGAGGAACGAUGAAGAACUGAGCAAGCUUCUGGGGAACGUGACGAUUGCCAAUGGAGGUGUGUUGCCAAACAUCCAUCAGACUCUGUUGCCUAAGAAGACUGGUGGCAAGGGAGAAAUCGGAUCUUUGUCUCAGGAGUUUUAGGGUUUCUCCCGAUCUAUAUUUAUGUAAAAUAGAGAUUAUCUUCUUUUCCAGCUCUGCUGUUUCAUCUUCUUCGCCUGUUUCUGCAACUACAAGCCAGUGGAAUUUGCUGUUUUGGUUACCCAUGCUAUGAAUCCAUUGAUGCUAUGUGAAAUUGAGAUAAAAUCUUAUAGUAUCUUCUGCAGAGUGUCGAUUUGCGCAUGAAUUGAU